CAUCGCCAAGUCCAUGAGCCGGCUGUCGGGGCGUCUGCGCUCGGGCGGUGUGCGUCUCGGCUGCGGGCUGCUCACUGAGGACGACUGCCUGGAGCUGGAAGGCCCGGCGGGCUGGGGGGGCGAUGGGGGCCACGCGGGGGCCGCCGGGGACGCCCCCGCCACUGCCGCUUCGGGGGCCUCCCUCCACUACAGCUUCUUCUCGUCCCCCUCCCUGGCAAACGGGCUGCGCAGCCCGGAGGACCGGCUGCACAGGAGGCCGCGCAUCGGGGCCAGGAGGAGGCGGCAGUCGGAGCAGCUGGAGCAGCUGGAGCAGCUGGAGCAGCCGGAGCAGACUGAGGCCACACAGCAGUUGGAGCAGCUUCCGCAGACAUGCCCCGACCUGCAGAUGCAAGGGCAGGUGGACGCAGACUCCUCCUCGGUAACAAACGAGCUGGGUGUGGUCUCCCCGGAGAUUCUCACAGGAGCCCCCCACCCCGAGGCCUACCCGGCCUCAACGCAGCCACACGCCCCUCCUUACUUCCCCCCCGCCCCCCUCACCCCUCCUGAAAGGGACCUGGACACUCAGGCUGGCCCCAUCCCCGGAGCUUCGCCCCCGAUCCCCACCCCUAUCCCUAACCCGGUCCCCGUCCCAGUCCCGGCCCCCCCGCCCACCCCCGAGAGGAGCUGGAGAGGAGAGGGGUUCAGUGUGGGGGUCGGGGAGGUGUCCCUCCUUCCAGAGGGGGCCUCCGUGUCCGGUGAGCUCCGACCCAUGUCCCAGUCCGUUUCGGAGCCCGGGGUGCAGACGUCAGGCGCUGAGCCAUCCCGGGAGGCCCCCAGUCCCCCCUCUUCCCGCGGCCGCCGGAGGGGGAGAUGCGUGGGCGUGCGAAAGAUCGUGGUGAAAGUACCUCGCAUCCCUGUCAGCUUGAGCCGACGCCAAAAAAGCUACAAGAUCUCGUCCCUGGAGCCCCCCGCGCCACCGUUAGGUCAGGAAGGGGGCAGGGGGCCCGGGGGGGAGGGCGGGGAGGGGGCGGGCGGAGGUGAGAGCGGAGGGGCGGCCCCUCGCGAGCCCACCGCGCUGCUGAAGAUGAAGAAUAACGGAAAGAGCGUCAUGGUGAUGUUCCCUCCGGGAGAGCUGCCGGUCAUUCUCAAACGGCGGCGGGGACGCCCGCCCAAGCAGGUCCUGCCGGGCCAGCCGGACCCCCGCGAGGCCCGGGCCAACGCCGCAGCUGCCGCCUCCGGCGAGCCCAAGAAGCAGCGCCGCCGCCGGCGGGUCAAGCUGCCCUCCCCGCAGCCCUGCUACGUGGCCGACACCAAUGACGUGAAGGCAGAGUACGGGGACGUCCUGUCCAAGCUGGCCUUCCUGAACCGGCAGCCCCCAGCCACGGGGCGGUGCUCGCCACCCCGCUGCUGGACCCCCAGUGAGCCCGAAACCUUCCACAUGCCGCUGGAAAACCCGGGGAUCUCCACACUGCUGCACAGGCUGACGGGGUUCCGGCGGAGGGGAGGCCGGGCAGGGUGCGCGGGGGCCCGGGGGGGUGGGGCCAUAGGCUCCAGUGAGGCCUUCAAGAUCUCCUUCAGCGACUUCUUCGAGACCAUCGGGAAGAAGCGGAAAGCGCCCCCCUCUGAGCCCGGGCAGCCCCGCAAACGGGGGAAAGGGGCGUCUGCGGGGCUGAGCAGGGCGGCUCUUCUUGGGACGGAGUCGGGCAGCCUCGCCCCGGGCGAGAAGGCCGUCCGAAAGCGCCGCUCGCGUAAGAACGGGGUGAUGAAGCAGGGACAGCAGGAGCAGGAUGGGGCCAAUGGUGGCGGCUGGGGGGUGAAAGGGGGGGGCCGGGAGGGUCUGAACGACAGGGAGAGGGGGCCGGGGUACCAGGGUUGUGGGUCCCCCAGGGGGGGCUUUACCUCUUGUGACAUGGGAAAGGGGGGCUUCUACCCCAGCCCAGGAGCUAGUGGAGGAGCGGGUGGUGGAGACGAGGCCCAGGGGCUUUUCGCAGGGUAUUUCCGCUCCCUUUUGGACUCUGAUGACUCCUCCGACCUGCUGGACAUCUCUCUCUCCAGCCCCGCCUCUCGCCCCGACUCCCGCAAGCUGGGGCCAGGGUACGAAUCCAACAGCCCAGCCCCCGGGCAGCGCUGGUCCCCCGCCUUCCCCAAGAGGACCCCCAAGGGACCUAGUCCCGCCAACGACGCGCCCCUUCAGCCACAAUCCAACACCCCCGCCCGGCCCCCUUACAGCUACAGCCUGUCUCAGACGUCCCCAACCACCUCCUUCCAAAAAUCCGCAACCCCCGCACUUUCUCUGUCCCGGUCUCCUAGCUCGCCGCACCCCUCCUCCUCCAGUUUCCCCCAGUACCCCUCUGGCUAUAGCAGCGGGCAGCCAGCCGGGGGAGCCAGCACUGCCCCCCAACAGCAGAGACUGAGUGACUGCAGCUACCCCUACGGUGCAGGACUCAGCAGCGGCAAGGCGACCCCAGCCUCCCCCGCAGGGCAGUGCCACAUGGGCUAUUCCAGCUUCCAGAGUGCUCAGGCUAAGAGGGGCUACAGCGGCUACCCAGGAUCGGCCCACUGUGCGGCAAUGACAGGGCCAGCCUCUCCAAGCGGUAGUUAUAUGGCUAUGGCAAAAAGUAGCCCCUUCCCUUCCUCCUCUCCCCCGGAAAGCUGCAGGCAGUACCCCUCCUCUCAGUGGGGGUACAGGCAGGGGUACCAGAGUUGGGGUGCUGACACCUUUGGGCCACACCAGUACCAUGGGUAUGAGUACAACACCAGCGGCGGCAAUGAGUCCAAAGACAUCUUGGACAUUUCAAACUACACACCCCAGAAGGCCAAGCAGCGGUCCUUUUCCGAGACCUUUUCCGAAUCCUCCUCUGACUCCUCGCACCUGGGGCCAGCGGGGGCUGGCAUGGGGGGAGGGGGGAGCGGGGGGUACAGACCUCGGGACAACCCACCCUCAGUGGAGGUGCAGUCCAGUCUGUCCAGCCUGGAGAAGCUGAUGCUGGACUGGCAUGAGAGCUCGGCCGGCUCCUCCUACAACUGGAGCCAGAACGUCCUCUUUCAGGGGGGGUCGAAGCCGGGGAGGGGCCGGAGGAAACGGGCCGACCCCCAGGGGGAGAGGGAAAGCUGUUCCCUGAGUUUCCCGCCGGCUUCGCCCUCCAGCUCCCCCUCGCCCGGGCCCGGCUCCAAACGUAGCCCAAUGACUGCCCGACAGGCACGGGGCCCGCGAGGCAGGGGGGGCUACUCCUCCUGCCAGCGGGAUCGAGCCCCUCCUGGGAAGCCGAAACCCCAGAAGCCCCCCGCGCCGGCGUCCCAAACCGGCGGGACGGGCCUGUACCAGGACACACUGGACUACUACAGCGGGGACAGCAGCAGUCUCUCUCCCCUGCCUUCCCAGCAACAGGGCUUUGGCAUGGAGGUCUGCGAGUACUCUAGCCCCUACUCCGUGCACCCCUCCACCCCCUCCUCAGACGAGCGCUUCUCCCAAAUUUUCCCCAACGAGACCGCCUCCCUCUCCCCCAGCAUCUCCCUGCAGCCCGACGUCCUGAAGCCGUACCCCAAACCGGCCCACCCCCCGUCCUACUCAGCACCCCCCCGGACCUUCUCCCCGAGCUGCUCCCCCACGCCCCGGCUGCUGCCCUCCUGCAGUGCCGCCCACAGCCCCCACCGCGCCCCCAACAAGGACUUCCCGCAGUACGACUCCCCGAGUUACUGCGGAUCUCCCUGCUGGUACGGCCAGGGAGGCUCACUGGCCGGCAGUCCGCACAGCUACGAGGCGGAGCGUCCCGCCGUCAGCUCCCUGCCUCUCCACGCCCGGACUGAGAAAAGGGACCUGAACCAAGUAGGGGGGUCCAGCCUCCGAGCGGCACCUCCGGCCCCCUCCCCUUACCCCACCCCCCUCCAUCGAGGCUCCUCCUCUUCCUCUUCCUGUGCCACCGUGGGACUGGACUCCCCACUCCCGGAGGACAUGGGCUUCUCCCUGCACCCCGACAGCUACCCCCCCAUGCCCCAGCGCUACCCCCCACAGCCACCCCGCAGUGGCGUGCUUUGCCAGUUGCUGGACCAGCCCGCAGAGGACGGGUUCACCGUCACCAGCCUGUAGGGGGAGCCAUCAUGCUGAGCGGAGUGGGUCACAGGUGCAAUCAAUCAUGUUUUUUCAAAUUUUUAAACUUUUUUUAUGGAGAUUGAAAUCGUGGCGGAUUUAAAACAAGAAACAAUAAUCGUGAUGAAGACAUGGACACUUGAACAAAAUUUUCUUCUCAAUGGACACACCUAUAACGUGCCCCAGCAGUGACAAUCAAGAGCAAACAGAACACACGCAAUGCUCUACACACACAGCUCAACACACCUCACAGGAAUCUCAACUACACUUACAAACACACUACACACACUACACACACACACACACUCCAUCUACAACAGAGACAAUUUGCAGUACAUUAGUAAGCACAUACAGACUUAUGGCUACAGAUGCACUACAUGCGUUUACUCAUGCACAAUACAUAAACACAAACACACGCACACACAC